GAAGUCACGUGAUUUCCGAGGGUAAAACAUAACAUACGGGCUAGCAAAGAGCUGUAAUGAAACCGAACCAAAAAGCUCAACUACCACCGAGAUUAGCAGGUGUAGUACACAGGUUAGGCGGUGAGUUAGCUAACGACACGGGGAACUAAUGUUGGCUAGCCAACCAGCCCUUUUACACCAUGAAUUUAAGAGGACUCUUCCAGGACUUCAACCCGAGUAAGUUCCUGAUCUACUCCUGUCUGCUGCUCUUCUCCGUGCUGCUGUCCUUGAGGCUGGAUGGAGUCAUCCAGUGGAGCUACUGGGCUGUGUUCACCCCAAUAUGGCUGUGGAAGCUGUUGGUCAUCAUUGGGGCGUCUGUGGGCACUGGAGUCUGGGCGCACAACCCCCAGUACAGGGCUGAAGGGGAGACAUGUGUGGAGUUCAAAGCCAUGCUGAUCGCAGUGGGGCUCCACGUCCUGUUGCUGAUGUUCGAGGUGUUAGUGUGCGACCGUGUGGCGAGGGGAAACUACUUCUGGCUUCUCGUCUUCAUGCCUCUCUUCUUCGUGUCGCCCGUCUCCGUAGCAGCCUGCGUCUGGGGGUUCAGACACGACCGCUCCCUCGAGCUGGAGGUGUUGUGUUCAGUUAACAUUCUCCAGUUCAUCUUCAUCGCUCUGAGGCUGGACAGGAUCAUCAACUGGCCUUGGCUGGUGGUGUGUGUCCCACUGUGGAUAUUGAUGUCCUUCCUGUGCCUUGUUGUCCUCUACUACAUCAUCUGGUCCGUCCUCUUCCUCCGCUCCAUUGACAUCAUCGCCGAGCAACGGCGGACUCACAUCACCAUGGCAAUAAGCUGGAUGACCAUUGUCGUACCCCUGCUCACCUUUGAGAUCCUUCUGGUGCACAAGCUGGACGGCCACAACAGUCUGAGCUACGUGUGUGUAUUCGUCCCUCUCUGGCUCUCCCUGCUCACACUCAUGGCAACCACGUUUGGCCAGAAGGGAGGAAACCACUGGUGGUUUGGCAUCCGUAAGGACUUCUGCCACUUCCUGUUGGAGCUCCUCCCCUUCCUGCGAGAGUACGGUAACGUGUCCUACGAUCUCCAACGCAGCGAGGACCCUGAGGCAGCCGAGGAUCUGCCCGUGCCCGAGCCGCCGCCAAAGAUUGCCCCCAUGUUCCACAAGAAGACCGGCGUGGUGAUCACUCAGAGCCCUGGGAAAUACUUCGUCCCACCGCCUAAACUCUGCAUCGACAUGCCGGACUAACUUCAUAUCGGAGCUAAAGGGGACUGCUGUACUUAGUCAAGAAGCCACAACAGCAGAGGACCCUGUGUUUGGUUUUUCCUGAAGGAUCUGGUCCCCCCCACCUGAACUCUGCAUCAGCAUGGCUGUCUAGAGUGACACUUUAGAGACAAUAUGGUAACGGAUGACUAAUGGAUCCAGAAUCCUCAUAUUGGCUGCCCUGCCUAACUCUGAGGAUUGAAUCAAGGAACCAAAAGAAAGGACUUCUUUUUUUUUUUCACCUGUAGGUGAAGUUUCACUGUGUUUUAUCUACUCUGAAGAUGGACAUUUAGAAGUGUCUCAGAUUCACUUGGAUCUAAAUAUUUAGGCUGACAUGACUGAUGAGACAAAACAGAAGAGCUGGACCUGCUUGGACUUGAAUAUUUGACUCUGCAGCAGCAGUAGAUCUUUGAUUCAGACAACCUAAAGCAAAGAUGACGCUCGUCUGGCUUAAUGAUGGGGACCAUUGGAGAGAGCUUGAAUUUGGGAUCAGUGUACUCUGAUUGCUCCUGUUCCCACUUUUGACCUUGCAGUUGGAGAAAAUGACGGAGGUGGAGUUAAAGGAAAGGAUCCAGUCUUUUUCAGGUUCGUCUUAGUGCAAUACUUGCAUGCCCAUUUUUAUACUGAAAGAAUAAUUGGCCUGUGUAAUUUAGGCUUUGGCGGUAUUUCGGUGUACCAGGGUAUUCAGAACAUUUUCUGAAAUGCAAACAAAAUUUAAAAAGUAAUUUCAAAUUGCUUUAAAAAAGGUACACAUUUCAUGGGCUCGUACUCCUAUAAAGGUACUUUAACUGAUCGAACUGUGAUGCGUUUGAAUUCAAAUUGGAUACCGACUACGUUUACUAUGAGCAGAAAUAUGUGUCAUUAGAAACUGAAUUAUAAUCACUUAGAUGAAGACAACUGGGUCUUUGUGGUAGUCACACACCGGUGCUCUUUGAAUCUUUCAGGUGUAUUGGGUUUAUUCCAUCUUGUGAAGGGCUCAUUGCAUUGGUGGAAUAUGAUCUCAAAAGUACAAAAUGCAAGUCUUCUUCAAAAAUAAUCCAAGGCACACUGUAGAGUUUGAACAAAAUUAAAAUGCCUUUAUUUUACAUGGCAAUAAUUGUUUAAAAUGACCAACGCGUUGUGACCGACAUAGGUCCUAAAAUAGACCAGAGUUCAAACUCUACAGUCAGUCUUGGAUUAUUUUUGAAGGAGACUUGCAUUUUGUACUUUUGCAUUAAAAAAACUGAAUCCUGAAUAACAUAAUUUGAAAUUGAAUUUAUUAGUUUGGAACAAAAUUCCAAUAAACUUGAAACUGAAUGUAAUAUGAAAUUGAAUUCAGUUAUAUUCAACUCUCUAUACUUUCACAUUUCAGUUUCAGUUUACUGAGACACACAUCCGGUCGUCGAAGAAGAGCACAAAAAAUGUGAUGAAGGUAUGAAAAAACAGAUACUGCCCAAGCCUACUGCAAUUAUUCCUCCUGUUCAUACUGGCUGUGAUGUGAUCCGAUCCUUUGCAAACAAUUUAAGAGAUGUAGGGACAAAAUCCAUAGUUCUUAUGUGUAAAAAUGCAUAAAGGUAGGAAGGGAUCUCUUUACAGCCAGUAUGGAAAUUUACUUAUGCCAUGCUAGUACUGUUUUAAGACAGACCUGAAUGAGUUUGAACCUUUCCUUUAAAAAAAGGAAACAGUGGAAAUGGCACUUUGUUAAUCUGUUCAAAGAUGAGUCCCGUCUCACCUGUCAGUUUUUUUGUAUUCCUGUUUUUUUGUAAAUAACAGAAGUUGUCAAGUUUGGGACCAGAGUGGAGAUGGCAGGGUUGAAGGUUAGAGGCAGAAAAAAAAAAAAAAAAAAGUAUUUGCUAACAACCAUCCACUUAUAUUUUAAUUAAACAUGUAAUACUAUCUGUGCUUAGAGUCAACAUAUGAAAUCAAGACAGUGUUAAACAAGUUGGAUACCACAAAAUAAGAUUCUAAAUUGACUUAUUUUUAGUGAUUAUCCAAACUUUCUGUAAUUCAUAAACUUAAUUUAUGUGGUAAAUACUGUACCUCCCAUAUGGGACUUCAAGCUCCUAUGUGCAUAAUUUUAAUGUGAUUUAGCAGCUUUCACAUUAUUCUAAUAACAUACCGUAGACAAUUUAAGAGCUUUGCUGUGUCCCUUUUGGUUUCACCAAAGCCAAACCUUUUCAAAUCCUACACACAUCAGCUUUACCUGGCUCAAACAAUUAAAAAAAUGCAAAUACUUUUUUUUUAUCCAAAUCUAAUAAGUAGAGACUAUAACUCCUGAUAUUCCCUAUGUGUGUGCACAUUUCCAAAUAUCCUCAAUUUAUCGAAUUGCUCAGAAAAGCAAAAACAAUCAUACCUAUUUCUUAUUUUAUUUUGUUGGACAACUUGAUUGCUGGAGUGUCCAGCAUGCUGUCUGUACAUUUUUUUCUACAUGUUGUCUUUUUUCCAUUAAAUUGGUCUGACUUACUUAU